AUGAAAUCAUUUAUUUUGGCUAUUUGUGUUGGAUUUGUGCUCACCUUUGAGGGCCGUAAGUUAAAGGGAGGAAGUUAGGAUAACUCCGAAAUACUACUCUCAAGAUAAACCUCAUUUUUUUCCAGAAAUGUCUUGGUGUGAUUAUUGGAACCAUCGAGGAAUCGCAAAAGCUGAAUGCCAUCCAGCCAAACUUCAACAUUGGUCACUUCCAUCAUCUACACAUAGACAACAACAACAUCAAGAAAAACUCGUAUUAGCCAUGCCAAUUUGUGAUCUUGUUACUGAUUGGUCAAGAUGUCAAAACUCAAAUCAUUGUCCUCUCGGACUCCUUUGCUGGCGGCAAGAAUCUGGAAGUCCAUGUUGCACACCUCAAUUGAAUAAGAUUAUAAAUCAAGACAAUGAGCAAUGCCCUGCUCCUUCUACUUUAGGUAUUCAAUGUAAUGUUAAAGUGAGUUCCUGCCAGGAACUUCCUGGGAAAAUAUUUAGGAUAUGAAUUAAUUUGCGGUUUUCAGAAUCCUAUCAGUUGGUGUAAUCAUGAUAUGGAUUGUCAUCGAUCUUCAGCUGUUCAAAAAUGUUGUCCUUCUGGAUGUGGAUAUAAUUUAUGCCUUCAAACUACUUCAAACUUCAAACAGAUGAAUAUGAGAUGUUAGUUUUGGGCUCGGGUUAAUUUUUUUUUGAAAAUUCUAGUUGAGUUAAUGGUGGACAUAAGAGAUCAAGAAAAACAAUUUUUGUGAAAAGUUUGAGAUAAAAUUAUUUUUGAUCUACCAGACAUUAAGAAAACCUAAAAAUUCCCCUUUUCCAGUAGCGGCUAUGUCAAUUGUACCGGAUAACUGUCCACCAAUGGAUUCAAUCGCUGUCUCAUGUGUCGCUUAUGGUGUCAGUUGGUGUCAAAACAGCAAUCAAUGCCUACAAAACGGUGUUCAAACUCGUUCAUGUUGUCCAACUCGUUGCGGAUAUAAUGUAUGUCUUUUGAAAUUAUCACCAACAAAUUGGAUUAUUGCUUGA